AUGAGUACAAGCACUCCAACAGCAAGCCCCAACUUCACCACCACUACUCCUCUGCAAUGGAACUCACCACUUCCAUACGUGUUUGGAGGCCUAGUAUUCAUCCUCGGACUCAUCGCUGUUGCCUUGCUCAUCCUUGCUUACUCUCACUACAAGUCAUGGCGUGACUUGUCAGACAAUAUUAGUAAAGAAGACAAGUCCACAGCAUGCCCAGAUAAACUUACUGAUAUAGAGCCUAAAAUUGUUGUUGUCAUGGCUGGAGAUUAUUACCCCACCUAUGUCGCUAAGCCUUCUGCUCCAACUUGCCUUACCCAACUAAACUGA